AUGUGCACAACAGGCGGGCGCGUGUUCUACGACGACGUCAUACUGGACAUUUUUGGCGGCGACGGCGAUGAAGAGGAGGAGGUCAUAAAAUUUGACCGAGUCUCAUUGUUGGAGGGGUUUGUCGAGUCGUCCGUGAAUGCGUUUGAGGCAAAUGCAACCGAGGCGGUUUGCACACUCCUGAAGGAGCAGCACGGGGACGCGCAGGUGCUGCCCAUCAGGGAGAUCACGAGCGCCGAUGGCCAGAUGCGGGAGGUGGACGGUGUGGUGGUAGCUGGCGGCUGCGCUGCCAUCGUGGAAGCUGAGCAGGUGGUGGAUGCCAAGGCUGUGUCCCAGCUUACUUCAUGCCUGGACUUCAUGAGGGAAAAGGAGCUGACUGGUGGCGCUGCACAGCUCAAGGGCAAAGAGCUGCGCGGGUUCCUGGCUGGGAGGACCGUCAUCAGCGACCCUGUGCAGCUCAAGUUGCUGCAGAGCAGGGAAAAUGAUGAACGCUGA